UAGAUUACAUAGUUGGGAAGUACUUGUUGAUGGUUCUUUAGUACAAAUUUUGUUGUUAUGUUUUGUCAUAGAGACAACUAACAUCGAAUUACAAAUUUACCGAUAUGCUUUUUGAAGACUUGAAUAUUGAUUUGUCAAGGACCAUUGUAUCUGUCAGCUCAUUCUUUUCUAACGAUGAAAUACGUAUUGUCAACAACACCAAUUCAUACGAAGCAACCAUGAACUGUGAUAUGUCAACGUUUUGUCAUCUUCUUCCAAAUAAUGAUAAUGUUCAUUAUUGGUGUAAGUUUGCAUCGGAGCACAAAAGCUCCCAUUUGCUUAGAAUAUUGGGGAAGGCCUAUGUAGGGGAUGAUCAAAUAAUACUAUUUUUUCAACCCGUGGACCAAAACUUUGAAGAUUUGACGCAACACAAUCUUCUCAUCAAUCUCGACAAUCAUUUGACACCUUCUUUUACGGCCCUUUUAUUGGAUAUGUUGAAGGGGAUAAAUUACUUUCAUAGUGUACUAAAGCAUGCACAUGGCAAAAUAUGCGGAGAAAACAUUUAUGUCAUUGAUGGGAGGGCAAAAUUUGCUAAUGUGGUGGAUAUUAAUUUUAAAAAAUCUUAUGUUGAUGAUAUCAAUAGCUUUUGCAAAAUGGUAGAAUCACCAUUCAAGGCCAAAAACAUCCCGCCUCCAUUGGAGUUAGUAUCUUCUUUCAAGCUUGAAAAAACCAAAUGGGUGAGUUGCAUGAUUAUGUCAAUACUAUCUAUUCGUAUUACUAUGAUUGAAUUUUAAUAUGUGGUUACUUCUUUUGUCCACAAGUUGUGUAAUUCUAUUAACCACCUUGUUCUGUUGAAUUCAUAUGGCGAAGCCAUGUACAGGCAUAUGGCACUUAUGGAAACCCGUCAUAUGAAAAAUUAUGGAAACUUCAACCAAGCGAUGAUUGCAGCAUAUCCUAAAGAAAAAAAAAAA